AUGGGACUCAUCAAUCUAGGCAACGAAGGAGACCCAGUUCUCACCCGCCUCGUUGAAGAAGACAAAGUCCCCUGGUACAGAAAACGCAAUCUUAGGCUGCUCUAUCUUCUUUUAUAUCCUACAUGUAUGGGUAUCGAGAUCACAUCGGGGUUUGAUUCCCAGCUUAUCAAUGGAGCACAGUUCAUCCCUCCUUGGUUGAAAUGCAAGUCACAUCCCAGAACUACGAAUAAUCACUUACGAUCAGCAGACUUUGGCCAUCCGAGCAUCGACGUUAAAGGAAACCACGUCCAUGUCAUUGACGCACCGCUUCUGGGUAUCAUUUCAGCAUGUUACAGUCUUGGUGCCAUUUCCAUGGUGCCCAUCGUUCCUAUGGUUGCACAACGGUUCGGUCGUCGAUGGUCAAUAUUCAUCGGCUCAUUUAUUCAAUGUGUUGGUGCUCUAAUGCAAGGAUUUUCCGUUCAUGUUGGAAUGUACAUCGUCGGCCGAAUGAUCCUCGGCUCUGGAAUCAUAUUCUGUAUAGUCAGUGGAUCAGCCAUGCUCGGCGAGCUUUCGUAUCCCAAGGAGAGGCCAAUGAUGACAUCCAUGUUCAAUGCAUCAUAUUUCGUAGGCAGUCUCAUUGCCAGCGGUAUCAUCGUGCGUACAGCCCUAAUCCCCAACGACUGGGGCUGGAGAAUUCCAAGUCUGUUACAAUGUGUCCCAUCUAUGCUGCAAAUGGGUCUUGUCUUCUUUCUUCCAGAAUCCCCAAGAUAUCUGAUAUCCAAAGAUCGCCACGCAGAAGCGUUCAAGAUUCUAGCCCAUUACCACGCAGAAGGAGACCAGGAUUCUAUCUUUGCGAAGGCAGAGAUGGCUCAGAUCGAAACGACCAUUAAACUCGAACUCGAAUCGGCGAAUCUAAGCUGGUGGGAUAUGGUUAGGUCGCCUGGUAUGAGGAGGCGUACUUUUAUCGCUAUGGCAAUGGGAUUGUAUACACAGUGGUCUGGGAAUACUUUGAUCUCCUUCUACCUCUCAAAGAUUCUGGUCUUGAUUGGAUACACCGACACGUAUACUAAGACUAUGAUCAAUCUUGGCCAAACAGCAUGGUCUUUUGUAAACGGCACCGUAAUAGCUCUAGUAGCACCCCGGUUCCCUAGACGCGUAAUGUUCCUCACCGGCGCCAUAGGCAUGCUCUUAGUAGUAGCCAGCUGGGCAGCAGCCCAAGCACAAGCCCAAAAAGCCCUCGAACACGGAACCACAAAUCACGGCGCUGGCAUCGCCGUGAUAUUCUUGAUCUACUUCUACUCGGUCUGGUAUAACAUCGGCAAUAACGCUCUUACAUACACCUACCUCAUCGAGCUCUUCCCCUACGCGGAACGUUCUCGCGGCAUCUCCAUCGAACAAUUCUUCGGCCGCGGCGCCUCAUUCUUCACGAAUUUCGUCAACCCCAUCGGAGUCGAUGCCGCGGGCUGGAAAUAUCUGCUCAUGUACCUUGGACUGCUUGUUCUUGAGAUCCUUACUAUAUGGUUCUUCUAUCCCGAGACAUAUGGACGGACGUUGGAAGAAUUGGCUUUUCUGUUUGAGGACCGUGAUGUCGCUGAGAAGGCGACCGUUGCUGUGGAGAAGACGAUUCAUUAUGGUGGAGACCAUGAUAAGGAUGCGAUGGAUGGGGAGCAUAUUGAGCGAGGACAGGAAGUCGUUGUUGAUGGUGGGGAGAAGGGGAAGAAGGUGGAUUAG